UACGCUUAAAAUAAUAGUUUAAUAAUCAAAAUAUCAAUUAAAACUCCUACUAAACAUGCGUACAGUACGAGUAAUAAAUAGAACGUGCCUUCUCUGUGUCAAAGUGUGAGACGUGCGGAAAAUGUGACCAGUCCUAGUGAAAAUAUCCUAUGAGAAUCCCCCUAGCGCUAGAGGACGAUUUGAAGCAGAAAAUAUUAGGCUUAGCACCGAAAAACCUUCAUGAUUUUCAUUAGGAGUUCCGAUAAUUCGUACAGCGUACGAAAGGACAUCGUAGGAACGAAAAUAAUAUGACGGAUCUCUCGUCAGGGUGAAUAGGACUUUAAAAUGUUCGAAUCAAAUCGUUUCAAAAAGAAUUGCUUGAAGUGGUGUUGGCGAAAACGCUGGACGAUACCUAAAUAAUAUUCUUCUCCGAUAGUUGACUAAAAUAGACAAAAAUGAAUACUUUCAACGCGCCCACCACACAAAUCAGUACUAUCGACAAAAUGACUACAGUGAAAUGCAAAACGGUUGACUUGGAGGGCUAUGUGAUCAUUGUGGUUCAAACUAAGGAUAACAAGAUCAAGUUGUAUGGGUCGCCGUCAGCGGGCAACUGGGAGAACCUGGAGCUGGCGGACGAGAUCAUGGACGUGAACGAGACGCGCCUGGAGGACAUGACGCACACGGAGGUCAUCACGCACAUCCACGAGUGUAUCUCGUCGUGUGUGAUCAAGUUGCGGGUGAAGAGGAGAGGGGAACCCAAAUAUUUAUCGGACUUGGGUCCCAACAUAGUCCAGGAUGCGUUCCUCAUCGCGGUGGAGGAGCAGGCGCAGCAGCGGCUGCAGCGGCUGUCGGCGCUCAAGCGGAUCACACCAGUUGACAUGUCCAAGCUCUCUGUAGAGUUAAACAAACGAAAACGAACUCAACCGGAGAACCGACAGGAACUCAACGGCUACAUCGCCAACUCGACCGUCUACGUCACUUCGAUCAAUGAAAAUGGCACGAUAGAAACGAAACCGACGAUAUCGUCACCGAAAACGCAACCGAAAUCGCUCCAAUCUAAACCCGCCCCGAUCAUAGCGAACGGUAUACAGGAGAAGAAAGAAGAAAAAGUGGAACCGGAGAAGCACGAGAUUGAUUCUAGUGAGAAAAGUGCAGUGGAAAGUGAAAAAAGUGAAGUGAAAAGUGAGAAAAGUGAAGCGUUCAAUGCUGUUAGGGAGCAGUUGAACAACGGCCGCUGUGAAAAGUUGUUGGGCGAACAGCCCGAGCACAGGAGCAGAGCGGCGUCCGCAGACAAUAAUAAACUAGCACCAGGAGAUAAAGGGCCCCGGCGGCGGUCGGGCUCCAGCAUCGUGGUGCUCGGGGCGGAGGAGAAGGCGCCGCCGGAUGACGAGGCCGACAUGCUCACCAUGCUGUCGCUCACCGACACCGGCCCUCACCGCGAGAUGGCGGUGGACGUGCCGGACAGCUUCAUCGCCCGCAACAAGACCCCGCCCCGCUACCCGCCCCCCCGCCCCCCGCAGCAGGUGAACGGGACGGCGAAAGCAGCGCCGGCGGUGCCCCCGCGCGAGUCGCCGCGGGACGCGCCGCCGCGCCCGCCGGCGCACGACGUCACCAAGGAGCAGAUGGAGUCUGUCAAGAAGUAUCAGGAGCAACUUCGUCAGCGUAAAGAAGCGGAGGAGCGGAUCGCGGCCCAGAAUGAGUUCCUGCGCACCUCCCUGCGGGGGUCCAACAAGCUGCAGGCCCUGGAGCAGCAUCCCCCGCACCCCCAGCACCCCCCGGGCUUCGUCAACGACGCGUACGAGGAGGACGAGGUGCCGCAGCUGUAUAGACUUGUUGAUUAUCAAGAAGUAUGCGCGGCGCUCACGCGUCUACAGAAGUCCCUAGCGACGAACGGCGAGGCGGCGCUAGCGGCGCGCGUCUCGGGAGCGGCCAGCGCGCUCCUGGGGCCCAGCUUCAGGAGCGUACUCAGCACCCGAACUGCCGUACUCACGGCGACCAGGCACGCCCGAAACGGCCUCUCGCCACCACACACGCAUCGCGCCACUGAUCGACUGAAAGAUUGUAUAGACGUGGUGGGUGGCGUGACGUCAUCGGGCGGGGCGGGCGCGGCGCUGGCGGCGGAGCUGCUGGCGGUGCUGGGCUCGCUAGAGCUGGAGUCGCUGCUGCAGGCGCAUGACCACGCCGCCGCGCUGCUCGACCCCGACUGCUUCUCUUCCAGGAGGGACAAGACUGGAGCUAACAAGGGCGAAAACGACAAAUACGUUUCGCCACAUUCGCCCGACGACUCAACUGAAAAUAUUAAAAUUAUUAAGAUAGAAAAAACCAAUGAACCUCUUGGUGCUACAGUAAGAAAUGAAGGGGAAGCGGUGAUCAUAGGCAGGAUAGUGCGGGGUGGGGCUGCGGAAAAGUCAGGGUUACUACAUGAGGGAGAUGAGCUUUUAGAAGUAAACGGUGUGAGCAUGCGCGGCAAGUCCGUGCACGAGGUGUGCCAGCUGCUGGGCGCGCUCGCUGGCACGCUAGUGGUGGUGUUAGCGCCGCGCCGCGCGCCGCGACCGCCACCGCCGCAUAGAGUGUUGCACGUGCGAGCACACUUCGACUAUGAUCCGGAGGACGACGUGUACAUCCCGUGCCGGGAACUGGGCAUCAGUUUCCAGAAGGGUGACGUGUUGCACGUGAUAAGCCGCGAGGACCCCAACUGGUGGCAGGCCUUCCGCGAGGGCGAGGAAGACCAGUCGCUAGCGGGACUCAUACCCAGCCAGGCGUUCCAGCACCAACGUGAAUCAAUGAAGUUGACACUGGCGGGUGAGGUGGCAGCGCGGGACAAACCCCGGAAAGGCGGCACGUUGCUCUGCGCGAAGAAACCGCCGCGCAAGAAGAAAGGGAAGAAGGCGACCAGCGAGGCCGGAUAUCCGUUAUACUCCACGUCUGGAGGAGAUGAAUACGAGCAAGAAGAGAUUCUAACAUACGAGGAGGUGGCGUUAUACUACCCGCGCGCGUCGCACAAGCGGCCCAUCGUGCUGAUCGGCCCUCCCAACAUCGGCCGCCACGAGCUGCGACAACGGCUCAUGGAGGACGCCGCGCGGUUCGCCGCCGCAGUGCCGCACACGUCUCGAGCGCGCAAGGACCACGAGGUGCCGGGCCAGGACUACCACUUCAUCUCGCGCACGCAAUUCGAGGCCGACAUCCUCAACCGGCGGUUUGUUGAGCAUGGAGAGUACGAGAAGGCUUAUUAUGGCACAUCCCUCGAAGCGAUCCGAUCGGUGGUGAACUCCGGCAAGAUCUGCGUGCUGAACCUACACCCGCAGUCGCUGCGGCUACUGCGCAACUCCGACCUCAAGCCGUAUACCGUGUUCGUCGCGCCGCCAUCGCUAGAGAAGUUGAGGCAAAAGAAGAUACGGAAUGGAGAGGCUUUCAAGGAGGAGGAGCUAAAGGAGAUAAUAGCGACGGCGCGUGACAUGGAACUCCGGUGGGGCCAUCUCUUCGACAUGAUCAUCAUCAACAACGACACGCAGCGCGCCUACCAGCAGCUGCUCAACGAGAUCAACAGCCUCGAGCGCGAGCCGCAGUGGGUGCCCGCGCACUGGCUCAAGCAGACCUAGCGCCGCCGCCGGGGCGCCCCGCUCCUAUACUCGGUUUAUCUCGUGUUCGUGGGCUCGAUAGAGAGCUUGAUGAUAAUCGAGUCGAUCCUGAUGAUAAUCGAGUCAAUCUUGGUGAUAAUCGAGUGGAUGCACUCGAUGCGAAUCGAGUCGAUCUUGAUGAUAAUCGAGUGGAUGCUCUCGAAGCGAAUCGAGUCAGGCACCUCGAAGCAAAUCGAGUCAGGGUACUCGGUGCGAAUCGAGCUCGCGGCGCGUGGGCAGGACGUAGGACGUAGUAUCUCGGUCCGCGGCGUACGAGCGUAGAUGCACGAAUAGAACUCGAACUUAUGUAAUCUGUAGAAUGCAAUAAAUUCGACCAAGCCAUCCGUCGCCGCGUCGACGCCGGGGUGGAAUUAUUUUGUGCAUUACUCGGUAACGCGAGACUAGUUUCCACAAUAUACUGCCUUAAUAUUCCUGUUAACUAAUUAUAGAAUUGCGUGUUUAAAUUCGAUGUGUUUCUUCGUUAAAUUUUACCUGCUCCGACGACGCGCAGCAGACCGACGACCGUCGCGUUGACACGCGUCGUCGCACCGGUCGGAGUCAUUUUUGUAAAUUCAAAUAAAUUUCGUAUUUAAAUGUAAACAUAAUAUUUUAUUGUAUUUCGUACUUAUGCACUUGAAUUUGAAUACGUGUACUUACAUUUUUAUAAGUAUUGAUCCGAAUUGUAAACUUGAAAUUGUAUGGUUUUCUAUUAAGUAGGUACUUAACUAGAUUGUAUAUUUUCUUGAUCGGGUACCGAUCGUUCGAGACGGAGGAAACAAGAUGCAAGGGAACUUAUAUUUUGCAUAAACACGAGCGUCGCAACCACUCGACUAUUCGAUAGAACUACUGAACAUUACCUUACUCCGCGUUGCCAAAAUUUCUACUAUAUAUGAGAAUACGUAAAAUUUUAACAUUUUACAAGUAGCUAGUUCUGUGGAAUUUUUCUAUAAAAUAAUUGACGGUUUUAAAGCUGAAAUUUAAACCUUCGCCUAAAGUUAGAUAUAGAAAGUAGAGGAACCCAAACUAUUGUAAACCUGUAACUUUAUCUCGUUCUUAAACUAAACGUCGACUUGACUAUACUUAACUGGCAACAUUUUAAAAGGGUAAUUUUACACCAUAGACAAAAUAUGUAAUGACAAAAUAUGUAAUUUGGAAAUAGACUGAGCGCAUU